AAAAGAAAUUUUGCCUUUUCUAUUGUUGUCGUUGCCUUUAGAUCCUUAUGAUUGGAUGCUUUGGCGCAGAAUACCCUAAUUACCCAUCGUCGAUGCUUUUUCCGAUUACAGAAUGAAUGCAACGUUGAAUUCUGGAAUUGUUUUCUCUGAAGACAUAGUCGAUGGUAGUGAUUCGGAUACGAAUUCAGCUGAAGGAUCGGAUUACUACGAGCCGAUCUCGGCCAUUGAUGGUGAAGAAUCCGAUAUAGCUGAAUCAGAGGACGAAACCUACAGCUCUGAUACUCAUUUCCACCAGUUACCUAACGGAUGCGGUGUAGAGAAUGCAGUUUCGUCUCUUACCUUGAACGACGAUGUGGAGAGAAGGUGUAGCGAUGACGAAGAGGAGGAGAGGAUGAGAGAGGCUUCUGAUUCGGCGAUAAGAAUGGCGUUUAGAGAGGAUGAAACUCGGCGGAAUGCACCGCUGUCGCUGGAGAAUACAACGAGAAUUAUGGAGGCCAUGCGGGGCAUCUCGUUUGGUGGCUCUGCUCCAGAUUGGACUCGGAUUGUUUCGGAGGAUCGUUGGAUUGAUCAGCUUCGAAGGCUUAGGCAAACGCCUACUGUUUCCAAUAGUAUCAGGAACUGAUAAAUGGAACGUUUGGCAUUUCAAAAUUCAGAUCCCUUCUUCUUUUUCUUCUUCUUCAUCAUCAUUCCUUUUGUUUGUUAAAGAAUUAUCCCAUGACUCUCUGGAUUAUCCUCAUGAAUAAAGGAUCCUUCUGGGUUUUGAUUCA